UCGUUCUCACGUACGCAGGCUGCGCCCGCCCGCGGUUGGAGGACGCCUGAGUUACUUCGCGUGCUUCGAGGGAGAGUCCGUGGCGCCCCCCCCCCCGCGUUUAUCUCCCCUAGCACGUCGUAACGUCUGGAAACGGCAGUGUUGGGAGCUUUUCUGGGUCCGGUUUUAGCUGGAGGGGAAGCCCAGAGGACUGUGGGUCAAGGGAGGAGGGCCCCACAGCAUGGGCGUAGCCAGCUGCCCCCCACAGCCUCCUAAAUCAAGUGAACAAAGAAAAACACAGAAAUUGUAGGAGGAUUUUGACAGAUUCUUCUGAGCACUUGGGGUCAGAAGAAAGUACAGUUCUGGGAAGUCAUAAGCGCUGAACAUGGAAUCGAUACCACGGGAAACUACCACGGAGACUCACCACUGCAGCAGGAAAGACUUAAUGUUUAUUUCAAUGAGGCGUAUUCCCACAAGUAUGUUCCUCGUGCUAUCUUGGUGGACUUGGAGCCUGGAACGAUGGACAGCGUGAGGUCCAGCAAAAUAGGCCCACUCUUUCGACCCGAUAACUUUAUUCAUGGAAAUUCUGGCGCUGGAAAUAACUGGGCAAAAGGCCAUUACACUGAAGGGGCCGAACUGAUUGAAAGCGUGAUGGACGUCGUGAGGAACGAGUGCGAGGGCUGUGACUGCCUGCAGGGCUUUCAGCUGACCCAUUCCCUUGGUGGAGGGACCGGGUCUGGAAUGGGCACCCUUCUGAUCAACAAGAUCAAAGAAGAAUACUCUGACAGGAUCAUGAACACAUUCAGCAUAGUGCCAUCCCCAAAAGUUUCGGACACCGUCGUUGAGCCAUACAACGCCAUAUUAUCCAUCCACCAGCUGAUAGAGAACACGGACGAAACCUUCUGCAUUGAUAACGAAGCCCUCUACGACAUAUGCUUCAGGACACUGAAGCUUCCUUCGCCGGCCUAUGGGGACCUCAAUCACCUGGUCUCCCUCACCAUGAGUGGAGUCACCACCUCACUCCGCUUCCCUGGCCAGCUCAAUGCAGACUUGAGGAAGUUGGCGGUCAACAUGGUGCCUUUCCCUCGACUGCAUUUUUUCAUGCCAGGCUUUGCGCCACUUACGGCCCGGGGCAGCCAGCAGUACAGAGCCGUCUCCGUUCCAGAGCUCACCCAACAGAUGUUUGAUGCAAGGAACAUGAUGGUAGCCGCUGACCCGCGUCACGGCCGCUACUUAACAGUGGCGUGCAUCUUCCGAGGCCAGAUGUCUACCAGGGAGGUGGAUGAGCAGAUGCUGUCCAUGCAGACAAAGCACAGCAGCCAGUUUGUGGAGUGGAUCCCCAACAAUGUCAAGGUGGCCGUGUGCGACAUUCCUCCCUGUGGCCUCAAGAUGUCGGCCACCUUCAUAGGGAACAACACAGCCAUACAAGAGAUCUUCAAGAGGCUCUCUGAGCAGUUCUCAGCCAUGUUCAGGAGGAAAGCAUUUCUGCACUGGUAUACCGGGGAAGGGAUGGAUGAGAUGGAAUUUUCUGAAGCUGAAAGCAACACUAAUGACUUGGUGUCCGAGUAUCAGCAGUAUCAAGAUGCCACAGCCGAUGUAGAAGAAUAUGUGGAGGCAGAGGAAGAGGCAGAGGCUGAGGCAAGCCAGGAAGAAGAAAAGGAGCUUCUUAAAAAUAAGAGUGAUGAUUGAAAGCAAUGCUGAUUAUUACUGUCAGUGAGGUGGCUGGACUUACCUAUGUUUCUAAAAUAACUUUUUAGUCUACUGAAUGCAGGAGCAGCCAAUUUUGUGCAUUGAACCAAAGCAUACACAGCCGCAUUGUUGGCUGCAAAAAUAUAUAUAUACCUGAGAAAAUCCCCCUACUGAAAGCCAGUGCUAUUUUUCUAGAAAAUAUGGUGCUGGAACUCACCACGAACGCUUCCCUGGUUCUCUUAUAAAUGGUAAUCGCGCCCACUUGAGUGGUGCCGGAAUUGAGUCCCGGUGAGUUCCAGCUGAAAAAAACUCAACCCCUGCUGAAAUCUAUGUUCUAAUUAAGUGAUUCUUCUGAAUUAGUGCAUCUAAUGCAAAUAAGUCAUUUUAGAACAGUGGGGGAAAUUAUACCAGCAUGCUGCUUCAAAGGACAUAUCCCAGGGCUUCAGUUGAUGGAACAGAUUACAAAGGAUGACACGGUGACCAACCGCAGCAAAGUAGUUAAGGAGGCUUCAAUUCCCCUCUAGUCAAAUGCAACCAUCCAUGGUCCUGGAGGAAGCUGCACACCUCUGUCUGCAUCAUAGACACAUCAACCUAGUUUAAUGGAGCCUGGAUGAGUACCCUGAUGAAGGUGCAGUGUUCAACACAUACAUCUUGCAGGACCAGGGUGACUGUAUUUUUUUACUUUCUUGUGUGAGCAUCCUCUUAUGCACAUUUGUCAGAUGAGUUUGUGAAUUACCAAGGAAGGUAUUCAAAUUUACAUGGCUGUUUCUUUCAUACUUCAUUAUUCUGACCAGUGUAUCUUCUUACUGGGCAUAUUUCUACACCAGUGAGCUUCAGUACAACAGCAUUCUUACACACCUUGUAUUUGGAGUUUUGUGAUGAGCAGCCAAAGGGAUGUGUCCUAACUGAGCCCCACACUAGCACAAUGCAGUAGGGUAUUUGAUUCCAAGGAACAAAAAUGACAGCUCCUUAGCUGACUUGCACUUUAGGUGGUAUUACAGCUAUAUUAAUUGGACAGCUGUUUUUAAAUUUCACUGAGUCAGGCUUCCAAUCUAUAAUAUGAGGAAGUAUGUAAGGGGAUGAAAUUCAUGAUGAAACCAGAAAGGUCCAUUAAGUAGUCCAGCAUUCUUUGUUUGUUAACAACUAAACUUAUUUAUAUUUGUGUAUAAAACAUUUCUUUACUGGCUUUUGACUCUUGAAAAAAAAAAGAGCCUCAAAGGCGGUUUACAACAA